AUGUUUUCCACUGGAUCUUUCGCGCCUCUUUACGCUGAGGAAUAUCUGGAUGUUGGUACCGGUACCAAUGCAUACGGUGAACAGGAACAUCAGUAUCAGUUUGGUACGCGAUCGCAGAACCCUUCUAGCAAUGGCUACUCCGACGUAGAACAGCCCAGCAAGAGUCCCCCCAGAGAACAGCAGGCUAUCAGGCCGCUACCAGCCAGGUCCGACUACCCGAGAAAGACCAGUACCAAUAGCAGCGAUGAUCCUACUUCCACAGGAUCGAGCAGCACGAGCGACGACCGCUUGUUCGGCACUGAAUCCAAUUUCGAAGAUGGGCCCUAUGUGAGAAGACUGUCAUCGUCAGCGACAUCCUUCGCGCAGAGAACAAACCAGAACAGCGCUGUUGCUAGCAGCCCCGGUAGCAUCAGAAGCAAUUCCUCGAGACAGGGUGAUGUCUCGGGAGCGAAUGCACAACCUAUCCCAAGUGCAGACGAGCUGGCUUCCCGUGAUCGGCAACUCCUAAAGCUCACAAAGAAGCUGGACAAGAUGCAUCGCAGGGUAGUGGACUUGGAAGUAGAUCUCCAAUGCCAAGACCUGGAAACUGUCAAACAUUCCAAAGAAGGAGCCAUCAUUGAAACCCUUCUGAAGGUGGAACAGGGGAAAGAUGACCCCAUAGGGAUUGAAGUUGGCGGUCCUCAGUUGGUGCAGGUCAACAGCAAUAGCAGCAGCGAAGAGGAAAAGCAAGAUCAGGAGGAUACACCUGCCAUGGGGGACAAGUCUUCCAUUGGCCCUGAAGCUAGGAGACUCAUCCACAAGCUCCUCAGUGAUUACGAGGAUGUGGAGCGUCUCUAUAAGGAAGAAAAGUUCCAGCACGCUCGUCACAUGAGAAACUUGUCAUUGCGUCGAACAAGUGGCAGCCUUGUCGGCAUCGAUAUCGACGAAACGAGUCAGGUGUCUGCUCGCUAUGGAACCUGUGAUAGUAGGCAGGCAGCGUUCAAGCCCAUAUUGCAAGAAGAGAUGCGAUACUCGCACAUAGCCCAUCCUCCCCGGGUGUCCAGAACCGGUUCGAGUCUGAGUGGGACCAGCAGGGGUGCGAGGGGGGCACCCGACCCACCCGAGGAAUUGACCAAGUACUGCCAACCACACCAUGUCCACCCUCAGUUCAUGUUGUUUCACGGCCAGAGCGAGAAGCGGAGAGACGACGAUGAUGAUCGUCACAGCGAUGAUUUGUCGUCCAAGGCAGUUGAUACUCUCAUUGAUGAUGAAGUCAACUCAGACUGCCACGCCGUCAAAGACCACCAAGGUGAAGGGCGCCAAUACUGGCGAGAUAUCAUCUUGGGAGUCAACGAUGGUCUUGUGUCGACCUUCCUUUUAGUCGCAGGCGUGCGCGGUGGAGGGAUGUCCUCCUCUGAAAUUCUCUUGACUGCGAUUGCUGGGUCUGUUGCUGGGGCCGUUAGCAUGUGUGCGGGAGAGUAUGUUGCGACCAAGUCCCAGAAUGAAGUGAUCGCUGGGGAGAUUGCGACGGAAACGAGGCAUGUUCGCGACUACCAAAAAGAUGAGUUGAAAGAGGUUUCUGACCUGCUCGAGCUCAUUGGCAUUGACGACAGGGCAUUGCAGAAGAGGCUGAUCCGCCACUAUGCCCGAGACUCAAAGGCUCUCCUGAAGAUCAUGAUUGCGUUGGAACUCGGUUUCCUCGAAGAAGAAGAGCGUUCUCCGGCUAUGGCAGGGUUGGUCUCGUUCUUUCUGUUCUUAGCAGGCGCCUUUCCUUCUGUGAUGCCUUUCAUGAUACCGGACGUUGACCCGACUGUUGGUUUCAUUGCUGCAGGAGUUUCGACGUGUAUCGCGCUUUUGGUGGUUGGUGCUGUAAAGACUUGGGCCACCAAGGGUAACUGCUUGACUGCGGCACUCGAAAACUUGUGCGUUGCCGGCUUUGGAGGCGCCAUCGCUUAUGGGGCAGGGCUUCUUUCAAUACAGUUCAUCGAAACAUAG